CAAACUCAAGCUAUUGAUCUGGUUUACUUUGGCAAGAUUUAAAGAUGACGCGUGUCGUGAGUCUAAAGCGAGAGCGACAGAUAGAUCCAUCAGAGGUCCUGCAGAAAGAAGUUGUUCUUGGCCUAUAAAUAUCUUCGAGAAAUUACGACUGCAGUUUGCUCGAUCUGAGAAUCGCACAGCACAUGACCCAACAUGGUAUCGAUAAAGGUUCAGAGUGUCAAUGAGUGUGUUGCAGUAGAUGAUCCGAAAUCUAAAUCUGCAAUCUGUUGCGACGAUCAUUUUUGAAAAGUGCCUAGUGUUUGCGAUCUGUGAAUUCCUAGAAGAGAUCGAUCAGCAAAUCGGAUCAACGAUCUGUUCUUGUUGAGCAAAAUUAACUAGAUGCCGCAUGUAUGUACGACUAUUCACGACCCUGAAACUCAUCGCAAUUUCUUUCUCACCACUCCAGGGACAACUAAAGAACACUGGACACUAUCGUCCUGGUAAGCUCGAUAUCCUCCAAAAAACAAAAGACAAAAUGGCUGAAAAGGACGUGAAGACUAUGGAGGUCGAGGAGGAGACCCUCCACAAGAUCCGCAUCACCCUGACCUCCCGCAACGUCAAGUCUCUGGAAAAGGUCUGCGCGGACCUCAUCGAAGGCGCCAAGCAGAAGGAGCUCGUGUGCAAGGGUAAAGACGAGGAGUUUUUAUUUUUUGCUUUCACUAUUGGUUUCUGGGUUUAGGGUUUCUAAAAAACAUAUUUUUUCCCGAAGUCGUGUGACGCCGACGAGGGAGUGUUUGCAAGUAGAGAGACGAGGAGAGAUUUAGAUGGAUCUUUAUGAUGUACGUAGUCCUUGUGCGUGUGCCUAUUGCUGGGGAUUUAAAUUUCCCCGCGAGAGAGAGAAGUUUUGGCUUAGCUAGGGCAUUUCCUUCCAAUAUGGAUCUCUGUCUUUACAGAAUAUCAAAGAAUCAGCAUUACCGCAACAUCCAUUUCCACAAUCUACUCAAUCCCCAGGUCCGGUCCGCCUGCCGACCAAGCGCCUGCGCAUCUGCACCCGUAAGGCCCCGAACGGUGAGGGUACCAACACCUACGACAAAUUCGAGAUGCGCAUCCACAAGCGCCUGAUCGACUUGCACUCCCCGUCCGACGUCGUCAAGCAGAUCACCUCCAUCCACAUCGAGCCGGGUGUCGAGGUUGAGGUCACCAUCAACGAUGCUUAAGAAGCUUGUGUGUGGUGAAAACCAUAUGUAGAGAAGAUUUUGUCGCUUCUGCUUCAAAAUUUAGACCGGCAUGGGGUUGUUACCAUCAUCGAGAAUGUCGCAUGUUGAGAGGAUACAGUUCGAGCUAGGACGCUUCUAAGAUUUAGAACACUUGAGUCCAGUGGAGUGAACAAAAGAAAACGCAGGAGUGGGUUUCUGCUGUGGUCAGUUCAACAAUUGUGAACGGAUUUAGAUUUGUGUUCGAGCCGCGGACCAAAGCGCUUUCGUUUCAG